GAUCUGGGCAGUUACAAUUAUGACCCUUUUGUGUUUUUCUUGUCAUCUCAGUCACUGGUUCCCCGGCGAGCCUAACGAUCACAGUACCGGCGAGGACUGUGCAACCGUAUGGUCAACAGCUGGGUGGAAUGAUGUACCAUGUACUCUCACUUAUCCUUACUUGUGUGAAAGGAGUAAUGAACUCCCUCUAGCUUGCGACGAGGGUUCUAGCUGGUAUGGUGUAGCUGGCAAAUGCUUCAAGUUCUUUGGCUUUACAAGAACCUGGAUUAAUGCUGACAACUACUGUCGCGGGGUGGGUGGAACUCUCAUCGUGAUCGGUUCUGAUGAAGAGCAGGCCAUGGUUGCUAAUCGAGUCAGUGUAUCAAAGGCCAACGUAUGGCUCGGCUUGAGUGAUACGGUUGGUGGAGCUGCUGGGAACUACAAGUGGUCAACGGGAGAGUCUCUUACUUACACCAAGUGGGACACAGACCAGCCGGACGAUCGGUAUUACACAGCCGGAGGUGACUGUGUGGAGAUAACGCAAUCAGCUACAGAUGGAAAAUGGAGUACAGCUGCAUGCACAAAUGCAAAAAAAUUCAUGUGUGAAAGACCUGAAGGUUCCUGUCCCGCUGGGUGGCAUCUCUACAGCGGCAGCUGCUACCAAUUCAACAUCCAACUUCCUACUAUAUGGAAGACGGCCAAGUUUACCUGUGAGGCACAGGGUGCUUAUCUUCUCACAAGCCUCAGCUCAGCAGAGAAUGCCUAUAUUGUGGACAAGAUGGUAGAUUAUCAUGAUAUUGCUGUGGAGAGUUCAUGGCUGGGUCUCUCGGAUACUGAAACUGAUGGCUCAUUUGUGUGGGUAGAGGGUAGCUCUCUUAGCUACUCCAACUGGGAUACCAAUCAACCAACCAAUAGAGCUACAAGUGAAGACUGUAUCUAUAUCACCACAGGUGAUGGGACAGGUAAAUGGAGUAGUACAGACUGUGAAUCAACAAAUGCCUACAUUUGCAAGAUCAAGGCUGAUAUACCAAUUUCAAUUUUAGAUCCAGCAGUUGGUGUGCAUACCUGUGAUGAUGGCUGGACACUGAAUGGGGAUUCUUGUUUUUACUUUGAUCGGACGGCACGCUAUUACAAGGAUGCUGAUACAAACUGCCAAACCUUAGGUGGUUUCUUGACCAGCAUUCACUCCCAAACAGAGCAAAACUUUCUUUCAAUGCGAGCUAGAAUGGGAGGAGCAUAUCUGUGGAUUGGUUUUCAUGACUACAACACUGAGAAUGUGUUUGCAUGGGCAGAUGGAUCAGAGGUUGACUUCUAUAACUGGGCAACUGGUCAACCUGACAACUGGAAGUCAAAGGAAGAUGCUGUUCACAUGAGAAGCAAUGAGCUUGAUGCCGGCAAGUGGAAUGACAUUGAUGGAGAUGUUUCAAAGCUUGCAUCUGUUUGCAAGAAGCCAAGUAAGGCUGGUACUAUUGUGAUUCCUCCUGUUAUACCAACACCUGUUUUUGACCCUCGAUGUGGCAAUGGAUGGGACUAUGAUGUGACCGGGCAGAAUUGCUAUUUGUUCAGGUAUAGUGAUUACAUGAGUUGGGCUGAUGCCAGAGAAUACUGCCAAGUGCAAGGUGGAGAUUUAGCAAGUAUAGCAAGUAAAGAGGAACAAACGUACAUGAAUGGCCGGCUCUCUAGUAUUGAGAAUGACAUGUGGAUUGGAGGAACAGAUUUCACCAAUGAGGGAGGCUGGGAGUGGACUGAUGGAUCAGGUUUUUCUUAUCUCAAUUGGGCUCCCAAUGAACCCAAUAAUGUAGGUGACAGUGAACAUUGCAUGGAAAUCUUCACUAAAACAGACACAUGGAAUGAUAACAAAUGUGACAUAGAAAGGGGAUUCAUCUGCAAGAAAAAUGGAUAUCUUACAACCCACUUCCUUGUCACGCCACAUGCGUACAUGAACGGUCCAGGUCAAUUGGUCCUUUCUGGCGUCUACCCUGAUGAGUGUGCUUCACGGUGCGUCAAGAUGACCGAUUUCAUUUGCAAGUCUUUCAACUACAACCGAGUCUCUCAUGAAUGUUCAUUCAACGAUGGAUCAACCACGACCCCCAUUUCUGAUGGCAACAUGGACUACUAUGAAAGAUUGAUGGACGUGAGGGAUCCAGAGGUCACGACCCUCGGCCCUGGUUACCGAUGCCCAGAGGGCUGGUCAGGAUAUGGGAAUAACUGUUACUACAUGUACACUCUAACGAAACUGAGCUUCUCUGAUGUUCAGCAGAAGUGUAAGGACCUCGGUGGCGACCUGGCAUCAAUUCAUGACCUCAACGAGAACAGUUUCAUCCUAGCUCUGGCACGUGACAACGGGAUGGACAAUGAAUUCUGGAUCGGACUAAAUGACGGCAAUUCCCCUAUGAGUUUUCAGUGGGAGGAUGAAACUCCUGUGGACUUCACGCUAUGGAACACGGAUGAACCAAACAAUUAUGCAGGAACUGCUGAAGACUGCGUUGAAAUGUAUAUGUUUGGUUAUUGGAAUGACAACCUUUGUUCAGUUAAGCAGCAUGGAGCAUGCAAGAGACCGAAGGAAAAUCUUGGUCCUACUCUUGAACCCAUUACUCCAUCAGGAUGCAGUUUGGGUGAUAUAGCCAAUGGAGGCUCUUGCUACUUUGUGAUGGAUACCCCCAAAAACUGGGCGGAUGCUCGAGCUGACUGUGCCGGGUUCAGCCCCCGUGGAAACCUGGUCUCUAUCGCUGAUAGGUAUGAGCAGAGUGUUCUGACCAGCAUACUAGGUUCUCAAGAUGGCAGUCUGUUCUGGACCGGACUGAGUGAUGUGGAGAAUCCAGGCCAGUAUAGCUGGAGUGACAAUACAGCAGUUACCCUUACCAACUGGGACUAUGCUCAACCAGAUGAUACAAAGGGCAACUGUGUUGCAUCAACAUCUGGAAUGAUGGCUGGAUUGUGGCGUAACAUCGACUGUGCCUCAACUAACAAAUAUCUUUGUGAGCGCGGUCGUGGCGGCUAUUCAGCGCCCCAGACCAUAGGACCAACAACACUCGCUACUGCACCUAGUGAUGUAGGAUGCCAUGACUCAAACUGGAAAGGCUAUGGUGCCAACUGCUACAUGAUUGUGUUGUCUGAUGUGAGCGGAGCCACACGUCGUAACUGGGACGAUGCUCGUAUGUACUGCUUGGCCAUGGGAGCGGACUUAGCCAGUUUCCACAGUCAGGCUGAGGAGGAUUAUAUCCUGUCUGGAUACCCUGAUAGCACUGCAAGUUUGUAUGUUGGACUCCAUGACCAAUCAGAAGAAGGAGGGUUUACGUGGACAGAUGGUACUCCAGUAGAACAUACCAAUUGGAACACGGGUGAACCCAAUAACUGGGGUCCAGGAGAGGACUGUACAGAGGUCUUCUUGAAUGGACGGAAAUGGAAUGACAUCUAUUGCACUAACCUCAAUGAUUGGAUCUGCAAAAUUUCCAAAAAUACACAGCCAGUAUACACGACAGUAGCUCCUAGUACGGUUACACCAUAUCCUCCUUGUCUAGACAACCAAGACUGGAUCCUGUACCCACAGAACAACUACUGCUAUUUCUUCAGUCAGGGUCUAAGCCAAGACGCCGGUCUGAAGAGCUGGAUGAAUGCUAAUGAGUACUGCAUGCAGAGUGGUGGCUACCUUGCCUCUAUACAUAGCCAAGAGGAAAAUGACUUCCUCAAGAACUAUAUGGUACGAUUUGGAGAAGUAGAAGACCGGAAAUACUCAUGGAUAGGCUUGAGGGAAUACACAACAGAAGGAGUUUUCUCUUGGAGUGAUGGCUCAGCAGUAGACUAUACAAGCUGGACUAGUGGUGAACCAAAUGAUUACAAUGGGGAGGAGCAGUGUGCUGAGUACUAUUCAGGGGGGACAUGGAAUGAUGCCAACUGUGCCAAAGAAACCGUCUUUGUCUGUCGUAAGCCGUACGGAAACAUCGGCCCUGUCACGCACCCACCAACGCUCUCUCCAAUCGGGAACUGCCAAACCGGCUGGUUGAGGUUCGACAACAGGUGCUAUAAGAUAUAUGGUUUGGAUGAUGCUGCCCAGCGUAUGAGUUGGUUUGAUGCGAGAGAUACCUGCAAGAACAUAGCCAACACUAACCUGGUGACCGUGCACAGCCAUGAACUGCAAGCAUACCUGACAUCUAAGUUGGUUAAGACAGAAAUAGCUAUGUGGAUUGGGCUUAGCGACUCGAUAGUAAGUGGAAAAUUCUACUGGACUGAUGGCUCAUCUGUAGACUACACCUACUGGAACCCAGGAGAACCCAAUAAUUUCGGCAGCGGUGAGGAUUGUACCCAGAUCACAGCUAUUGAUACUCAUGCUGGCAAAUGGAACGACAUAUCUUGUGAUGCGGUCUUGGGCUUCAUCUGUCAGGGUGUCUUAGAUCCCAAUGGCUCACCUCCACCCGAUGAACCCAACGAGUGUCGGGAUGGCUUCACCCAGUUUGAUACCGGCUGUUACCAGGUGGUUGAUCGCCCCUAUAUCUUUUCUGAGGCCCAGGAUGAAUGUAGGUCCCUUGGUGAUGAUGUCUCUCUAAGUAGUGUGAUGAGCUGGUAUGAGGAAGCCUUCGCUGAGACCAUGUCACAUACCUCCAGUGGUGACCCUCUCUGGAUUGGUCUCUAUCAAGUGGAAGGUGCAUUCAAGUGGAUGGAUGCCUGGCCUGUUUGGUUCACUGCUUGGGGUCCUAGCGAACCCAGCGGAGCUCCAGGAGAGGGUUGUAUUAGCCUGUUACCUACAGGAGGAUGGGAUGAUACCAACUGUCAGGGACUUUUCAAACCUCUAUGCAAAUACAGUACUAUAACUACACCAACAGUACACCCAGAAAUGCCUGGCUACUGCCCCGAAGAAUGGACGCCUUACCAUGACGGUUGUUACAAGGUGUAUGCCCAGCAGACUGAUCGCAAGUCCUGGCCGGAAGCCCAGUUCCAGUGUAGCCAGCUCAACGGUACUCUGGCUAGCAUCCACACCAGGCAAGAGCUGGAGAUUAUCAGGACCUUGAUGGUAGAUGGAAGUGUAGACAUCUGGUCUGGCCUCAGAAGGGAAACUGCAGGCGGAUUUGUAUGGGAAGAUGAGACCCCCGUGGAUUACACCAACUGGAACACUGGAGAGCCGACCUACGCUACCCAACCAGGUUACGAGGACUGUGUAGAAAUGUACCUUAGCACCGGCAAGUGGAAUGAUGUGGAUUGUCUCAAUAACCAGGGAUAUGUCUGUGAGCAGCCUAAGCUUGGUGGAGGUGUUAGGCCUAAAUCCACCCUGGGACCAUCAACAGUAACACCAUGGCCCCAGUGUCCCAUAGACCCAGACUGGGUCCUGUUCCAGAGCUAUUGCUACUUCUUCAGCGGUGGUCUGACUGGCUCUGAUGCCAGGAUGGGCUGGGGCGAUGCCAACUCGUAUUGUAUGGAACGUGGUGGUUACUUGGUCUCCCUGCAUUCUACCAAUGAAAACAACUUCCUUCAAUCUAUGCUCACCAGGUAUGCAGACAGUAAUGACUGGAUUGGUCUGAGGACUUAUAGUGGCACUGGAUUUUAUCAGUGGUCUGAUAGCUCUCCUCUGGAUUUCCAAGCCUGGAAUGUCACUGAACCUAAUGAUGCUAAUGGUGAAGAGGAAUGUGCAGAGUUCUACCAAGAUGGAUCAUGGAAUGAUUUGAACUGCGGAGACAAGCUGACCUUUGUCUGCAAGAAGGCCGUGUCGUCAAUUAUGCCUGUGACCCAUGCACCUACCCCAGUCCCAGAUGGUAACUGCCCAUCAGGAACCAUGCGCUUUGACAACAUGUGCUACCGUAUGAUUGGUGCAAACUCUGCCGACCGAAACACAUGGUACAAUGCCAGGGACAUCUGCAGGAAUUCAUACAAUGGAGAUCUGGCAACAAUUCACAGUCAGGCUCUGCAGUCAUUCUUCACCACUCAAAUGAAGGACAUUGACUACCAGAUGUACAUUGGAUUGAGUGACUCUCUCAACAACGGCCAGUUCAGGUGGACUGAUGGCACAUCUGUAGAUUUUACAAACUGGAAUAUAGAUGAGCCUAAUGAUCAUAAUGGUGAUGAAGACUGUGUUGAAAUGGUAGAGACUCCUGAGCGUGCUGGAAAAUGGAAUGACCAGUCCUGUAAUGAUUACAAUGCUUUUAUCUGCCAGACAUCACUCGACCUCAACGCAGCUGUACCGCCCUCGCCGCCAAGCUCUUGCCGCAACGGGUUCUCCCAGUAUGGAGACAGCUGCUUCAAGGUUGUCCCCAGGGUCAUGUCCUACUCCGAUGCAAUCCAGUCCUGUCGCAACGAGGGAUCAGACACCAACCUGGCCAGCAUCAUAGACGUAUAUGAGAAUGCCUUUGCAGAAACCAUGCUGCAUUACAACGGAGAUGUCAUGCUUUGGCUGGGUCUCCUAGACGAUAAGGCAAGUGGACAGUACAAGUGGGUGGACAGUCACCCUGUGUGGUUUACCAACUGGGCUCAGGGUGAACCAAGCCAGGGUGGUGGUGAAGGAUGUACAGCCAUUGGUCUAGGAGGCUGGGAUGACCACUCCUGCACUGAUCAGCUAGGAGCUCUCUGUAAAUACAGCUUAGUACCCAUCCCGACCAACCACCCUGAUGUACCAUGGACUUGCCCAGACUCCUGGGUCUCCUACGGCUCCAACUGUUACCUCUUCUCCUCAGCUGCAACAGAGAGGUUAUCAUGGCCUUCAGCCGAGUACAUCUGCAGGCAGGGAGGAGGUCAUAUGGCCAGUAUACACUCCAAGCAAGAGAAUGAGUGGAUCAGGAGUAGGCUGGUACAGGAGUUGACUGAUGUCUGGAUCGGAUUCGAGGCCACUCCAUCAACUGCCUUUGCGUGGACUGAUGACACACUGGUGGACUACACCAACUGGAACCCCGGUGAACCCAACUCAAACUUCCUUGGUGAUGAGGACUGUGCAGAGAUGUACCUAGAGACAGGGAAAUGGAAUGACUUGGACUGUCUAUCGGUUCAAGGAUACGUCUGCAAAACACCCAAAACCCCUCUGUCGGGUCAGCCUACACAAGGCCCUCCCAAGACUCUAGCUCCAGGACAAACAACCAAAGCCCAAGGACCAGGGGGCAAUACAAUAGACACUCCUACAAACAGUGCUCCAAUUUCUAGUGGUGUUUCAACUGGUGCCAUCGCUGGUAUUGUCAUUGCUGCUGUCCUCAUAAUCUGUGUCACCGGACUUCUGGUGUUCUUCUUGUAUUCAUCGAAGAACAAGGCUCCUAUGAAAACUCCAGAAAUCCCGUACAGCACAAGCUUUGAGAAUGUGGUUUACAAUGAGAAAGAUGGUACCGAGCUUUCAGCAUUUGAAACCAAUGCAUAAUGUUUUUUUGAUAGUAUUUAUAUAGUUGUGAUGUAGCUCUAAUUCAUAGUGAAGCUGAUUGAAUGUUAGCUCAAAGUAGAUAUAAAAACCAAAUGUUCUCAUUGUCACGAUUCUCUUUUCUUCUUAGCUCUAAAUUAGUUUAUGUCCAAGUACAAGUUAAAGUACUUGCAGAGUGAUACUCUAAAAUGACUAUGGAAAUUACAACUAAAGUCAUAUUCCUCUCAUAUGUGUAUUACUUGCAUUUAAACUCAUUUUUUAGUAAAGUAAUUUUCUAUUACAUGUCUUGUUCUAGGCAACCUUCUUUUUCUAUGAAAAAACCCAACUCUAUCACAGAAUACAAUGCAAAAAUUAUAUGCAUGAUAAUGUCACAAAACUGUAAGUUACUACCAGUGUACACCCCUCCCCCUUCAAUUUCUCAUAUUCGUUUGCCUGUACCUCUGUUAUUUCAUGAUGUGAAUGGACUUAUGCCCCUUUAUGCUUUUACGUGUACACUUUCUGUAUUUAAAACAGAAUUGAAUAUAACUUUAAUAAUGAUAAUUUUGAUUAAAGAACAGAAUAUCAGAGGGUCAGAGUCUUUGUAUGAAGAGUCUUGUCAUAUUUUGUAUGAAACUUUGAUUACUUUUGUAUAGUACUUUUUGAUUUAUGCCUCAUGUAUCUUUCUAACAGU